ACAGAAGGCAACCUGGAAUUCAAGAUGAGAACCAACAAGGUGUACAAGCUCGUCAUACAUAAGAAGGGGUUUGGAAGCAGUGAUGAUGAACUGGUGGUAAAUCCUAAAGUUUUUCUUCAAAUCAAGCUGGGAGAUGUUGUGGAAAUUGCACAUCCCAAUGAUGAAUACAGCCCCCUGCUUCUACAGGUGAAGUCACUUAAGGAAGAUUUGCAGAAAGAAACAAUAAGUGUGGAUCAGACUGUUGCACAGGUCUUCCGCCUGAGGCCGUAUCAGGAUGUCCAUGUGAAUGUUGUUGACCCAAAGGAGGUGACCUUGGACCUGGUGGAGCUGACUUUUAAAGACCAGUACAUUGGGCGUGGGGAUAUGUGGCGACUAAAGAAAAGUUUGGUUAGCACAUGUGCUUAUGUCACCCAAAAAGUUGAAUUUGCAGGUAUCAGGGCGCAAGCAGGUGAACUGUGGGUUAAGAGUGAGAAAGUCACUUGUGGCUACAUCAGUGAGGACACCCGGGUGGUCUUCCGCUCCACUUCGGCCAUGGUUUAUAUCUUUAUCCAGAUGAGCUGUGAAAUGUGGGAUUUUGAUAUCUAUGGGGACCUGUAUUUUGAGAAAGCUGUGAACGGUUUCCUUGCUGACCUCUUCACCAAAUGGAAGGAGAAGAAUUGUAGCCAUGAAGUGACAGUGGUUCUGUUUUCUAGAACAUUUUAUGAAGCAAAAACAAUAGAUGAGUUUCCAGAAACACAUCGUGCGUCAAUUCGCCAGGACCACGAGGGAAGAUUUUAUGAAGAUUUUUACAAAGUUGUGGUUCAGAAUGAGAGACGAGAAGAAUGGACCUCCUUGCUUGUGACCAUUAAAAAACUUUUUAUCCAGUAUCCUGUGCUAGUCCGACUGGAGCAAGCAGAGGGCUUUCCACCAGGUUACAAUUCUACCUCAGCACAAGGGAACUACCUGGAGGCCAUAAAUCUUUCAUUCAAUGUGUUUGACAAGCAUUACAUCAACCGGAACUUCGAUCGGACUGGCCAGAUGUCUGUGGUUAUCACGCCUGGCGUGGGGGUGUUUGAGGUAGAUCGGCUCCUUAUGAUUCUAACCAAGCAGCGGAUGAUAGACAAUGGGAUUGGUGUGGACUUAGUAUGCAUGGGAGAACAACCACUACACGCUGUUCCACUCUUUAAGCUUCACAAUCGCUGUGGACCAGGAGACUCUAGGUUGGGUGAUGACUACAAUAUCCCACACUGGAUAAACCAUAGUUUCUACACAUCCAAAAGCCAGCUCCUUUGUAACAGUUUCACUCCACGGAUUAAGCUGGCAGGAAGAAAGCCACUGGUCGAGAAGGCAAAAAAUAGCCGAGAUGCCUCUUUAGGGGCUCCAAAAGAUGCUGAGAAUGCCCUGCCUAUCCAGGUAGAUUAUGAUGGUUACGAUGCCCAGGUGUUCAGACUGCCAGGCCCGUCUAGGGCACAGCGCUGCACCACUUUCAGGUCUGUGAGGGAGAGAGAAAGUCGUACCCGGAAGAGCUCCAGUUCCUAUGACGUGUCGUGCAGCCCUUCUCUGCAGAGCCGCACGCUGCCUCCAGAGGAGGUGAGGAGCCAGGCUUCUGAUGACAGCUCCUUGGGCAAGAUCUCCAACAUCCUGAUGAUCCCACGGCCUCACCUGCACCAGUAUGAAGUCAGCAGCUCUUUGGGCUAUACCAGCACCAGAGAUGUCCUUGAGAACAUGCUGGAGUCUCAGCAACGGGACUCCAGUGCCCCAGGGAGGUUCCAUGUGGGCAGUGCAGAAUCCAUGCUGCACAUUCGACCUGGUGGUUACACACCCCAGAGAGCCCUGAUCAACCCCUUUGCGCCGUCCCGCAUGCCCAUGAAGCUUACGUCGAACAGGAGGCGCUGGAUGCACACUUUUCCUGUGGGUCCGUCGGGAGAAGCUAUCCAGAUUCAUCAUCAAACCCGCCAGAAUAUGGCAGAAAUGCAGGGCAAUGGGCAGCAGGAUUUGACACACUCUUCUGCUGAGCUGCUGGAGCUGGCCUACCAUGAGGCCGCUGGCAGACACAUCAGCUCUCGUCAUCCGGGUGACGGUGCCUCCUUCCUGAGCUUCGGUGGAGCAGAGGAGUAUCCCAACGGUCUGGCUGGCGGCAGCGGUGCAGGCAUGAACCUCAAAACUCAGAACAAGGAUUCACUGGAAGAUGCUAUUUCUAACUCUCCAGAUCCAAUGCCAGGCUUCUGUUGUACAGUUGGAGUGGACUGGAAAUCUCUUACUACUCCGGCGUGUCUCCCUCUUACCACGGACUAUUUUCCUGAUCGUCAAAGUCUGCAGAACGAUUACACUGAGGGCUGCUAUGAUCUCCUGCCAGAAGCUGACAUUGACAGGAGAGAUGAGGAAGGGGUGCAGAUGACAGCCCAGCAGGUGUUUGAGGAGUUUAUUUGUCAGCGUCUCAUGCAAGGCUAUCAAAUUAUUGUGCAACCCAAGCCACAGAAACCAGCCCCGACGGUGCCACCCCCUCUCAGCAGCAGUCCCCUUUACAGCAGAGGUCUUGUAUCAAGAAAUCGGCCAGAGGAAGAAGAUCAGUACUGGCUGAGUAUGGGCCGUACUUUCCACAAAGUAACAUUAAAAGACAAAAUAAUUACUGUGACUCGGUACCUGCCGAAGUAUCCCUAUGAAUCUGCUCAGAUAAACUACACAUACAGCUUAUGUCCCUCGCACUCUGACUCUGAGUUUGUUUCUUGCUGGGUAGAAUUUUCCCAUGAGCGACUGGAGGAGUACAAGUGGAACUACUUGGAUCAGUAUAUCUGCUCUGCUGGCUCUGAGGAUUUCAGCCUUAUUGAGUCCCUGAAAUUUUGGAGGACCCGCUUCCUGCUGCUGCCUGCCUGCAUCAGUGCCACCAAACGCAUCAUGGAAGGGGAAGUGCACUGUGAUGUGUACGGAGACCGGCCGCGCUCCGACGAGGAGGAGUGGCAGCUCCUGGAUGGCUUCAUUCGCUUUGUGGAGGGCUUGAACCGCAUCCGCCGUCGCCAUCGAUCCGACAGAAUGAUUAGA